UCCAGAGUGCAUGUGUUUAGGAAGAGAGAGAAUGCCAACAAAGCAAAAGGCCAAAGGCAUUCUAACUUUCCUCUAACGCCAGUAACUGCAAUAGUAAGUCUAAGGAUUCUCUUCUCAGCUCUCACCAUCCUAAUAAGUAAUAAAAUCUUUGAUCUUUGAUCUAAUCCCAGUAAAAGAAUAGAAUAAAAACAGCAUCUUGUAAGUGGGUGAGCCACCAAAGGUUGAAAUUUGUCAGAUUAGGGUUCUUAUUAUUCUACUAUUUUGCUACAAUUACAAGACACCAUUUCAGAUUUCAGACCCCAACAGGAAUCUGAUUCCGGAGACUUUAGUUCCCUCCGGAUAAGGUGGAGGUGAUGCUACAAUUGGCUGCAGUUCUGGAUCGAUUCCUUGGAGGGUUUUUUUUGGUAUGAUGAUUUGGAGAUAGGCUCUGAAAGAUCAGUGAUUGAAAUGAAUUGUUGUUUGUGAUUUUGAGAGAUUUGACUUCUGAAAGUACAGAGCUUCAGAUUGUUUGGUUGACAAGUUGUGGUUGAAUUUUGGUAACAAUCACAGCUUCAAGUUUUAGAAUUCCAGAGCUGUUGUGUAAAUGGAGAGUCAGGCAAGUUUUGGUGAUGAGGUUUCUGUAAAUUUACUCAGAGAGGAAGAUGAAGAAGAGUUUCGUAGUUGUUGCGAAGAUGAUGAAGUUUGGAAGGAGACCGAAGAACCGGUGAAGGUGGAUCCAAAAGAUGAUCUCGAUGAAUUUUCAGUGAAGAUGUUCUUCAAAGGCAUGUCCAUAGCUGGGCAUGGGGACUCAGAUUUCAGGCUUUCUGGAAUUGGAGUUGUCAUGGAAAGGUCAACCAAUGUUCCUGCAAUUCAGGUGCAGAAAAGGCUUGAUUUUUAUGUGGAGGAGCCUGUGGCUGACUAUUUAGCCCUGAUGGAUGGCCUAAUGGAAGCUGUGCAAAAUAAAGUCCGCCGGGUUUAUGCAUUCACAGAUUCUGAGCUGCUAUAUGAUCAGGUAUCACAUGAGCAGAAACUUGAAAUUCCACUCCUAGUAGCGCUGAGGCAAAGGAUCCUAGAGCAUGCCAGUCAUCUCGAUGCUUUUGUUCUGAAACUUGUCCCCACUGUAGAUCUUGAGCGGCCAUCAAAAUUAGCCCAAGUGGCAAUUGGAGUUGUCUCUUUUCCUGCUAAGGGUGUUGAAUCACUUGAAAACUGUUCCAUCUGUUGUGACGAUAAACCAUCCCUAAUGAUGAUCACCAUGAAAUGUUCUCAUAAGUUCUGUUCGCAUUGCAUGAGGACAUACGUUGAUGGGAAGGUACAGUCCUCGCAAGUCCCCAUCAGAUGUCCUCAGCCGAGGUGCAAGUAUUACAUCUCCACUGCUGAGUGCAAAUCUUUUCUUCCACUCACUUCUUAUGAAUCAUUGGAGAAAGCCCUCGCAGAAGCAAAUAUUCUCCACUCAGAUAGAAUUUACUGCCCAUAUCCAAAUUGUUCUGUCCUGCUUGAUCCUCUCGAAUGUUUGUCAGCUAGGGCAAGUUCAUCAAGUCAGUCAGAUAACAGCUGCAUUGACUGUCCAGUUUGUCAGAGAUUCAUCUGUGUAGAUUGUGGUGUACCUUGGCAUUCAUCUAUGAGCUGUGAGGAGUUCCAAAACCUCCCAUUGGAAGAGAGAGAUGCUGCAGACAUUACCUUACAUCGCCUAGCACAAAAUAAAAGUUGGAGACGUUGCCAGCAGUGUCGUAGGAUGAUCGAGCUCACUCAAGGUUGCUACCACAUGACAUGCUGGUGUAGGCAUGAGUUCUGUUAUUCUUGUGGUGCUGAAUAUAGGGGUGGCCAACAGACUUGUCAAUGUGCCUUUUGGGAUGAAGACAACAACAACACAGAAGACUUGGUCACUCAGUCUAUGCAAGAAUCUGAGCAAUGGGCAUGGGAAACAUUCAAUUCGCUCCCCAUGAUAAUGGACGCAUACUCAGACCAAGAGAGAUCACAAUUGGCACUGAUCCAGAGGUUCCUAGCUGGGGGUUUCAGUUUAAGUGACCACCCCCCUUACCAAUCCCCACCCCGCUGUACAGAUUCCUACGUAGAUGCAAUGAAAGAUCUCCAUCAGCUUCCUUGGCUCGAGAGGUUCGUUUCCGUGAUAAGUGAUAACUACUAUGAAGAAUACAUCCAAUGAAUUAUAGGGCUCCUGAAGUUGGAAAAUAAUCUGCAUAGCUUCCCACCAAUACUUUUCGCAUAAGAAAGAGUAAAGAGUUCCUCGCUCUAUUCACUCCAAUUUCAUGGUCAUGAAGAUAACUCUUUUCCUUUGUAGUUUCAUGAUCAUUGUGUUAAGAUAAAACUUGUGACCAUCAAGGUCCCUUGUGUGUACCAUAGAAGGGGAAGCAUCUAUUCUUGAUGAUCGCGUUCUUCUUGAAAGACAGAGGAAAAGAAAAGAAAAAAAGAUAGUGAAUUGAAUUGAAAGAACAUUUAUCAUGUUAGUGAAUUAAAAUGCCAUAAA